CUUCGAGCGGUUCCAUGGGCAAGCAGAGUUCAAGUGUCGGCGACGGCGGCGGCGCUGUGUCGAGUAGUGCUAUCGGGAAGCGGACUUGGCGGGAGGAUGUCGGUGUGUUCGUGCGCUUCUGUCGCCUCCGGUACCUGGCGUAUUCUGUUUUGGUGCACUUGAUGGGGGCGAUGGCGGCGCUCGCAGACGACAAGGUCGACGUGACCGAGUUCAACGCAGUAGCGUUCGUCAAGGUGCAGCUGAUACUGUGGUGGGUGCAUGUCGUCACGCACUGGUCCAACGAUUACUACGACCUUGGAGCCGACUCGCUCAACACAAAGCGGGGGACGUACAAUGGAGGCAGCGGCGUUCUCGUCGAUGGACUCAUCACGCCCGCGUUCGCCUACUACGGCGCGUGGAUUGGAACCAUUGUCACUGCAGGCUACGUUGCCCUGCUCAAUGCCAUUGACACCGAAAGCCCGUUUCGAGGGCAAAUGGCGAUGUUAGUCGCCGCGGCCGUUGGCAUCUCGUGGCAGUACACUGCGCCGCCACUUCGACUGCAAUACCGCGGGUUUGGCGAGCUCUGCAUUGCGCUCGUGUUUGCCGUUCUGAUCCCACUCGUGGGUGCUGCGUCUCAGAUUGGCACUGGCCUCCUAUACGUUCCAGUGCCCCUACGACCCGUCAUGCCCUUGCUCGCCCUUCAGCAGUUUGCAAGAAUGAUCAUCAUGAACGCGCCAGACAUUGACUCGGACUUGGUGGCCGGGAAGCUGACCUUCACGGCUCGCGUCGGCCUGCGCCGCGCGUCCAUCUUGUACACAUUGGUCCAAGUAAUCAUGACUGGACUUCCGCCUAUUCUGGUCGCCUAUGGACGGAUGUCGGUCCCCGUAGCCAUCGCGUUCGCGGUGGUGGCGCCCCAAGGCUGGGUCAUCGCAAAUGACCUACACAGGAAUAACAUCGCCAAGCUCCCGUUUAUGGGCACUUUGCACGUGGCAUCGCAGGCGGCCUCGCUUCUCGUCGCCAUAUCGUGCCUUGCCUACCAACGCUCUACACCCCAUCAUCAUGGUCAAGAUUGACGCGUUUAGUAAGUAUUACACUAUUACUAGUAUGUGCAAGGGCUACUCUUGAUGUAUGUAUACGUGUAGUACUUGUGGUAAUACAUUUGGACGGCCAAAGGUUACUAUUAAUACUACUCCGGUCCGAACAAAUGUAUCGACUUCUUUCGUCAUUGGCGGAAUUUUUCUAAUUUUGUGCUAAUAAUGAAUCUAAUUGGCUC